UGGCUAUUCCUAACUAGUUAGACGCACAACUCGUAUCGACGCCGUCCGCUCGUCGUGUGGAUCAGCGCCCCAGGGCCCACACGGACCCACUAGAUUGUGCCUAUUUCCUCUUUUCUCAGCGCAUACGGAGAGAAUACAUGUCCUAUCGUAUCUGCCAUCCUACCUACGCUAGACGUGUAGCAUGUACUCGCCUACCCCCCGUCCACUACCCCGUGACCAGCCCCCACCCCCGACCAUCCCCAUCCGCGAUUCAAAAUUCGAAUCGAAGCAGGCAGACGCAGCUGCAUCGAGCGGACGAACCACGGCCUCCCCAUCCACGCGCCUGGAUCCCUAGGUUUCUUCACGAUUCAACGAUGAAUCUCGGUGCAGAGUCAUUCACGGAUCUCCUCUUCAGAUUUUGUUCCCAGCCGGCCGCAACAGAGGGCGUCCCAGAUCUGGGAUUGCUAGAGGAGGAGGAGGAGGAGGAGGAGGAGGAGGAGGAGGAGGAGGAGCGCAUCCAUCCUAAUUUCCAGAAUCAUUCUCCUUCUUCAAGCCAAGAUGGAGAGAAAUCUGGUGCCACAGAUUCAGGAACUCCUGAAGAUCAGGAGGCUAUGCCAGAUUUCUCUAACGUCCCAGAUAUUGACGAUGCAGAAGAGACCCAGCCUGAAUCGCAUCCGAUUUCAGUUCCGUGGACUCAAAGGGUCCGGCUUGGCAAGAUUCCUGACAACCGUGCCACAUUAUCGGGAAGGAAAAGUGCUUUGGAAAAGGCCAUGAGAAAUUACAUUGAUAAGAAGUCAGAGUUCGUCGUCAAGCCAGAGAUCGGCCAGGAAUUUGAUUCUCUGGCCGAAGCUUACGACUUCUACAACCUAUACUCGUGCUACGAUGCAUUUGGGAUGCCUAUAAUUGGCCGGACGAAACGGGCCGAGUGGAGCAAAGCUCGGUUUCACGCUAAAGGCGUGUGCGAUUCCGCUCACAUUACUUUUUUCCUCGACUCCCCCUUCCUUUUCCUCGGACGCAGGUCGCGAUUACAGCCGCCAUAGAGUAAGGACGUCUCAAUGCAAACCCCUAAAACAGACACGAUAUUUCUCCGCGGACAGUGAUGGGGAGUCGGCAUUUCAACCAUGCCCGCAUAUAUUUCAAACCGGAUUUG